AUGGAUUGCGCAGCCUGUUGCAAGCUUAUUGUAUCUGAAGAAGCAUUUCUACAAUGCAUGGUCCGCACGUGUCAGAAAACAUACCACGAGCUUUGUACAGGUAUCUUAGAUCCAGCUUCUGUGAAUACCGAGGCAUGGAUCUGUCCUGAAUGUGCAUGUAUGUCAAAGAGAGGUGGUGACAACAGCCUUACACCCGUAGGCGCUAGUAGACAGCGCAGCUCUGCCGCCGAUAGUAAUAAUAUUACGUAUAGGAAAAAGGCGAUUAUUCUGGCUUCUAACGAGGACAAGCAAGAAAUAAAAAAUACUGAAGUCCUUCGUCUGGAAAUAAAACAGCUUCGCGAAGAGAUCAUUGGUUUAAAAAACCAACUUAAUCAAGCAAUGUCGUUGCUGACUACAUUUCACGGAAAGUGUGAUAAUUACUUUUCGCACUUUGAAACUCUUAUUGACAGUUGUAUCCAGUCUAAAAUGCGUGACAUGGUAAAUAGCAAAGACGAACUGGCAACAUCUAAAAAAGGAGAGACUGUUACUACACAUAACGAGGCCCCGCAACCCGCCAAGAUAACUUCGCCGACUGUUAAUGUUGCACUGAACCCGCGUGUAUCGCGAAGCUAUCCGCAACCUGCCAGACAAUGUCCCUCUCGAUUAUCCGUUGCAACACCUUCGAUGGUAAAUAAUAAACCAAAUCCAUCGGCUCCUCAAAUUACAUCUCAGCAGGAGGUAUCUUCUGAAAAAUGGGUUGAGGUCCGUAGGAAGAAGCCUCGGAAACUAAACCUCAUCUGCGGCAAUGCGAGCCCAUCAGUGACAUCUUUAAAAGCGGUUGAACCUCGAAAAUACCUACACCUCUGGAACAUGGAGUCGGGCGCGGAGGAUAUAUCGAAACAUCUACAACAACUUUGUUCUACGGAUACCUGCACUGUGGAAGAAUUGGUGCCUAAAGGUAAUUAUAAGUCAUUUAAAAUUGGAGUCCCAAUAGCCUGUUACGAAAAAUGUCUUUCAGAGGACGCCUGGCCGAUCAAUGCAAGGAUCAAGACUUGGAUUAAUUUUAGAAAAUCAUCCGGCAACUCAGAUGGCAGUCGUCAGUCCUUUCGUAACCCAAGCCAACAUCGA